AUGGACUCGCAUAUUUCGAAAAAGCGCAAAAAGGACAAAUCCGGGCCAGCAAUCAGGCUUCCGGGCAACAAAAUCAUCUCAUUAGAUGGAUUCCUCAAUGGUGUGCCCAAGCCAAAGCAGGCAGAGACUAAAAAAGAGGCCCAGGAAACGGAGAAGGAAGUGAAGGAUAAGGAGGUUGAGGCAGGAAGGAAAAAGAAGGAAAGUAUUCAAGGAAAAAAUGACCAGAAGGAUGGUGGAAAAUAUUCAUCACUAGCUGCGCCGACUCGGAAAAAGUCAGCGACCGCACGCGCGGCAACUUCAAAGACAGUCCAGGCGAAAGGCGACCCCACGCUUUUGCCCCUACGAAAAGCGCUGCCGAUAUGGCAACACCAAGAGGCCAUCCGCGAGCAUCUGCGGAAGAAUGACGUUCUAAUCCUAGUGGGUGAGACCGGUUCCGGAAAAAGUACACAGGUCCCGCAGUUCCUGGCAGAUGAGGAAUGGUGCCGGCCGAGGCAGGUCACCAUGACGCUCUCAAACGGCAGAAAGGAGCAGCGCAAGGUCGGCGGCAUGAUCGCCGUCACGCAGCCGCGUCGAGUCGCCGCAACGACGCUGGCGCACCGCGUGGCCAGGGAGGCCGGGACUCCUCUGCGGCCCAGCGGUACGCCCGGUGCGAAUCCUGGCGCGGCGGAAGGACUUGUUGGAUACUCGGUUCGUUUCGACCACAAUGUUCCCAAGGGAACCAAGAUCAAAUUUUUGACUGAGGGUAUGCUGCUGCAAGAGCUCCUGCAUGACCCAAGUCUUCGGCAAUAUAGCGCCGUCGUCGUGGAUGAGGUCCACGAGCGAGGCAUCGACGUCGACCUGUUGUGCGGUUUCUUGAAGCAGAUGCUGUUGUCUCCGGAUAAACCUGGGCGCGGCGGUGUGCCGCUCAAGGUUGUGGCAAUGAGUGCAACAGCCAAUAUUGAGACCCUGGAGAAUUUCUUCUCGAUUCCCAAGGAUGACACCAAGGCCCAGGUCGGGUCGGAUACAGAAGCUGCACAAACUCUCAAGAUCGAAGGCCGACAAUUUCCAGUCGAGAUCAUACACUCGCCAAAACCCGUUCCAGUACUGGCGGAUGAAGUUGUGAAGACCGUGUUCAAAAUUCACUGCGGAGAGCCCCUACCUGGGGACAUUCUCGUAUUUCUUUAUGGCCAAGAGCCUAUAGAAGAAAUCCAGAGGCUCAUCGAAGAGUAUGCUGCGACGCUGGCUUCGGAUGUGCCCAAAAUCAAGGCCCUUCCGCUAUUUGGACAGCUCUCGAUGGAGGCACAACAUGCCGCAUUCAGGCCCCUCAAGGGGCGUGUAAGAAAGGUUGUGCUGGCCACAAACAUUGCCGAGACAUCGGUUACCGUCCCCGGCGUGCGCUACGUCAUAGAUACUGGCAAAUCAAAGAUGAAGCAGUACAGAGCCAGCCUAGGACUCGAGUCGCUCCUCGUGGAUGCCAUUUCCAAAUCAUCUGCGAUCCAGAGGACGGGUCGUGCAGGACGUGAGGCGCCGGGCAAAUGUUAUAGACUUUACACGCAGGAUGUGUACAAGGAAAUGCGGGACGCGGAUCUGCCAGAGAUCCUGAGGAACAAUGUCCGUGAAGCCGCGCUCAUCAUGAUGGCACGCGGCGUGGAUGACCUUCUUACCUUCCCAUUGAUGGAUACACCCAAGAUCUCACGCAUGGAGAAAGCCAUGGUGCAACUCAACAUCUUGGGCGCCAUCGACGACGAGGGGGCCAUCACGGAAUUGGGUAGGAAGAUGGCACGACUUCCCGUUGCCGCACCACUCGGGCGCGUGCUUUUGGCUGCCGCCAGUCCAGCGUACGACUGUCUCUUGGAGGUCAUUGAUAUCAUAUCAUGCAUCAGCGGUGGAGACGAUAUAUUCCACCAGCUACAAUCCGAAGAGGCGCGCGAGGAGGUAGAGGAGUACCGACGCGAGCUGCGGCGCCGUGAGGGCGACCUUAUGGUGUACCUAACAACGAUGCAGAUGUACACGGCAGAAAACAGCGACCGGACCGAGUGGUGCAAGAAGCGCAAGAUCAACCUGCGCACAAUGCGUCAGGCUCUCAACAUCAGGCGGCAGCUGCGGUCCCUGUGCGUGUCCGAAGGCAUGCUGACCGAGAAGCCGCCGCCCGACCCGCAGCCGUUCGUGCCGCUGUCGCCCGAGGCCGCCGAGACCAUCACCAAGUGCUUCAUGAAGGGAUUCUGCACGAGCACGGCCAUGCUCGCCCCGGACCUGAGCUACGUGACGUCGCAGGGCAAACACGUCGUGGCCAUACAUCCGUCCAGCAGCCUGCAUGGGCAGAAGAAGGAGGCCAUAAUGUUUUUGGAGCAUGUUUUUACGCAAAAGAGCUACGCAAAGAAGGUGGCUGUCAUUCAAUCGGUCUGGAUUCCAGAGGUUCUAGAAGGGAAAUGGUGA